GGGGCAAGUGGAGAAUGCCGUAAAAGUAAUGGAAUUUUCCGAAUCUGUGGCAGUUGCCCAGGGAAGACUGAAACCGAAGUUCUCCAAAUAAACACGACCAAACACAUACUCGCACACCAUACGCAGACACAGGGCAACAUAGACAAGAGAAAGGGACGGCUUCAGAUCUGGAAUCAGAUUCCAAAUAACAAGUAGUUUCUGUUUGGUUCCCGGGAAAUACAAAAUUGAAGGGAUUAUGGAGAGGUUCAUAGACAACUGGCCAUCCAUGGAUCUGAUGCGCUCCGAGAAGAUGACCCUCGUGCAGCUCAUCAUCCCUGUCGAGUCCGCCCACCGAGCCCUCUCAUACCUCGGCGAACUCGGCCUCGUCCAAUUCCGAGACUUAAAUGCUGAUAAAAGCCCUUUCCAGCGAACAUUUGUUAAUCAGGUGAAGCGAUGUGCAGAGAUGUCAAGAAAGCUACGAUUCUUUAAAGAUCAAAUCAGCAAAGCUGGUCUACUCUCUUCCAUUCGUCCUGUUAUGCAACCAGAUAUUGAGCUGGAGGAAUUAGAGAUACAACUUGCUGAGCAUGAGAAUGAGCUAAUUGAAAUGAAUGCUAAUAGUGAGAAACUUCGACAAUCGUAUAAUGAGCUCCUGGAGUUCAAGAUAGUAUUGCAAAAGGCAGGAGGCUUUCUUGUAUCAAGCGGUAGUCAUGCAGUUUCAGAAAGAGAAUUAAAUGAGAAUGUAUACUCAAAUAAUGACUAUGUUGAGACAGCAUCGCUUCUUGAGCAGGAGAUGAGACCUGGACGAUCAGACCAAUCUGGUUUGAGAUUUAUUAGUGGGAUUAUAUGUAAAUCCAAAGCUCUUAGAUUUGAAAGGAUGUUGUUUCGUGCUACGAGGGGUAAUUUGCUUUUCAAUCAGGCACCGGCUGAUGAAGAGAUCAUGGAUCCUGUAUCAUAUGAAAUGGUUGAGAAAACAGCAUUUGUAGUCUUUUUUUCUGGUGAGCAGGCAAAAGCAAAGAUUCUUAAAAUUUGUGAAGCGUUUGGGGCAAAUUGCUACCCUGUUCCUGAAGACAUAACUAAGCAGAGGCAAAUAACUAGAGAAGUUUCAUCACGUCUUGCUGAAUUAGAGGCCACUUUGGAUGCUGGGAUCCGUCACCGAAAUAAGGCUCUUACUUCUGUGAGUAUCCACCUGGCUAAAUGGACCAACAUGGUAAGAAUGGAGAAAGCUGUCUAUGACACACUGAACAUGCUAAAUUUCGAUGUUACAAAAAAAUGUCUUGUUGGAGAGGGCUGGUGUCCUAUCUUUGCAAAAACUCAGAUUCAAGCUGCACUGCAACGUGCAACAAUUGAUAGCAAUUCACAAGUGGGCGUAAUUUUUCAUUUGAUGGAUGCUGUGGAAUCACCUCCUACAUAUUUCCGAACCAACAAAUUUACAAAUGCAUUUCAGGAAAUUGUUGAUGCAUAUGGUGUUGCAAGAUAUCAGGAAGCAAAUCCUGCUGUUUACACUGUUAUUACGUUUCCAUUUCUUUUUGCUGUAAUGUUUGGAGAUUGGGGUCAUGGAAUAUGCUUGUUGCUGGGAGCAUUAGUUCUUAUAGCUCGUGAAAGUAAGCUUAGUGCACAGAAACUUGGAAGCUUUAUGGAGAUGCUCUUUGGUGGGCGCUAUAUACUUCUUUUGAUGUCACUAUUUUCAAUUUAUUGUGGGUUGAUUUACAAUGAAUUCUUCUCUGUUCCUUACCACAUAUUUGGUGGAUCUGCUUACAAAUGCCGAGAUACUACAUGCAGUGAUGCAUACAGUGCUGGCUUAGUUAAAUACCAAGAUCCAUACCCAUUUGGUGUAGAUCCCAGUUGGCGUGGAAGUCGUUCAGAGCUGCCCUUUUUGAAUUCUCUGAAAAUGAAGAUGUCUAUUUUGUUGGGUUUGGCCCAUAUGAACUUAGGAAUCAUAUUAAGUUACUUCAAUGCACGUUUCUUUGGCAGCUCGCUGGAUAUAAGGUACCAGUUUGUGCCACAGCUGAUAUUUCUUAACAGCCUUUUCGGGUAUCUUUCACUUCUCAUUAUCAUAAAGUGGUGCACUGGUUCUCAGGCAGACCUCUAUCAUGUAAUGAUUUACAUGUUUUUGAGUCCCACUGAGGAUCUUGGUGAGAAUCAGUUAUUUUGGGGCCAAAGACCUCUUCAGAUCAUUUUGUUGCUUUUGGCUAUAAUAGCAGUUCCCUGGAUGCUUUUUCCAAAACCUUUUAUUUUGAAGAGGCUUCACACGGAGAGAUUUCAAGGUCGGACCUAUGGGAUGCUUGGUACAUCUGAGAUGGAUCUUGAGGUGGAACCCGAUUCUGCUAGGCAACAUCAUGAGGAUUUUAAUUUCAGUGAGGUCUUUGUGCACCAAAUGAUACACUCCAUAGAGUUUGUUCUGGGUGCAGUUUCAAAUACGGCAUCAUAUCUUCGACUUUGGGCUUUAAGCUUAGCCCACUCGGAAUUGUCAACUGUUUUCUAUGAGAAAGUUCUUCUCCUUGCCUGGGGGUACGACAACCUCGUCAUCCGGUUAGUGGGGCUAACAGUUUUUGCCUUUGCAACUGCCUUUAUACUGCUCAUGAUGGAGUCUCUGAGUGCUUUUCUUCAUUCCCUGCGUCUUCAUUGGGUGGAAUUUCAAAACAAGUUCUAUCAGGGCGAUGGCUACAAGUUCAAACCUUUCUCUUUUGCCUCCUUGACUGAGGAUGAGGAUUAGUCCACCCACUCACUCAUAUAUGAAACUGGCUUCAGUUUCCAGAAAGAAAGAAAUAUAGUAUAGAACGAGAGAGAGACAGAGGCAGGCAAAGAAUUGGCGCUGCUGCUUUGCUUUUCCACACUGCUCAAUUUUGACGUAGAAAUAUAUAUAAAUCCUGGCUCCUAUUCUUUUUGAUGUAUUGGGUAUAAAGGGGUAACCUUACCUUGAAGAGAUAAAUUAUGCGUUCUCUCUUCUUUUUUCAAAUAACAAGAUUAUUUAUUUUUUUGUGGGGUGGGUGGGGGGUUGAGGGAGAAGCGUUUUUGUAAAGAGGAGCUGGGUAAUACAUGUAGCAUUUCUGGAUACAAAAUUUUACACACGUACAAAAGCUUGUGUGGGUUUUACUAGGAAU